GUAGUGCUCAGGAAACUGUCCUUGAGAAUUCGGGUAAUGUUCGUCGAUGCUCGUUGUCAUUCCGAAUAAAGCCGAAGAAUACGCGGGUGAUCUCUGACGCUCCGAAUUUGAAUAACAACCUCGCCGACGCGACGAGAAUGAAUCUACCGAGUGAGCAAGAAGGAGUCUUGUAAUGGCUCAUGACACAUAUGUGGAGCUAGAAAGACAUCCUCUCGGUGGAUUUGGUUUUAGUGUCAUCGGUGGAGUUGAUACGCAUCUGCCACCUAUGGUAUGUGCUUUGGUUCACAAUGGAUCCGCACAACUAACAGGAAAGGUUUUUGCUGGAGAUGUCAUUUUAGAGGUUAAUGGUCAACAGAUUACACAGUUCACCACAAGUCAAGUUGUAGAAAGUAUCCGCAACACACAGGAUAAUUUGAGGAUCCGUCUAAGGGAUGACCCUGGGGCCAGGGAGCGUGCCCGUCCAUAUCUCAGAUCCUUUUCUGUUGCUGACCCUAAACUAGCCAUUUGUCAAGCAAGGCUGAAGAGAUCUUCUUCAGCACCAAAUCAUUGUAACCGCUCUCACACUGAUCAACUCCCUCGGAGAGCAGUCAGAAAGAAAGAAGAAAAAAACAUGCAGAAGGGCACAAGCACAAGUACAGAGGAUGUCAGAGCUGUAGGUCGUAUGAGUCUUAUAGGAUUGGAGCAAGGUGUUGAUGGUAUAUUUGUGCGCAGAAACGAUGAUGUGGUAGAAAGAGUAAUCACUGACUUUCCUGUGCGUGUUAAUGUCCCUUCAAGUAGAACAGAUAAAAUUAAUCGACCUGAAAGUUUUAAAAGACAGAGUUAUCCCAAUGAGGGACACAGAACUAGUAGAGAAUCUUUACCAGAAAGUUGUAGUAACUGUGGACAACCAGUUGAUUACCCUAAAGAUGUAGAAUACAAAUCUUCCACUGAUCCAUCACAGUCAUCUGAGUAUUUAACAUGUAAAAAAUGUGGGCAUGUCAGGAAUUAUUCUUCUGAUGGAAGAAGCCUUCCAGGAACCCCGUAUUCUAAUCAUAAAACACUAGAACCUUCUCCAUUUGGGUUGUUGUCACAACACAAUCAAUCACCAACUAAACUCAAUGGAAAUGUGAAUUACAAACCUGGCCAGUCACAUGGUGAGAAAGCAGUUACAUCAGCUCAUAGUAAAGCUGCUUCAAGUGACUCUAAAAAAUUUCUAAAUGGAGGACUUAAAAUGGAAAAUGGAAAGUUUGAGAACUUACCAAGCCCUGAUUCUGCUGGUAGACAAUACAAUGACCCACAUUAGGAGAGUCCAUCAGCUUUAGCACAACGACUAUUUAAUUUAGAUGGAUUCAGUAGAGAUGAGGUGACUCCAGAACUUAAUGCAACUCAUACUUUGGUGUGUGCUAUCUUUUUGCUAAAUUCUGAUCUUCAUGGUGAGACCCUUCAUAAGAAGAUGACACAAGCACAGUUUAUAGAGAAUUUGUCAGAACUCUGUGAUGGAAAAGACUUUCCUAAAGAUUUACUGAAGGCAAUAUACCAAGAAAUCAAAGCUAAACCCUUGGAGGGCUUUGGUUUUGAAAGCAUUCCAGCAUCAAGUCCAUCCAAGAGAGCUCCUACACCAAAUGGAAUAAAGGGAACCACUGGAAAUCCUUUUGUGGAGAUUCAAGCUAGCGAAUCUGACAAAGUUUACAAAGAAGGCCUCUUAUACAGGAAAGUCACCAUGAGCUCUGAAGGAAAGAAAGCUUCUGCUUGGAAAAGAAAAUGGAUGCCUUUUUUUGCAACACUCAAAGGAAUGAUCCUCUUCCUUCACAAGGAAAGUCAGUCAGAUGAGGUAACUGCACCAGAGCAUACUAGAAACUGUUUAGGUGUACACCACUCUUUGGCCAGUCGAGCUACAGAUUAUAUCAAAAGGCCUUUUGUGUUUAGAUUCGUCACCUCUGAUUGGAGAGAAUUCCUCUUUCAAGCAAAGAAUUUUCGUGAUAUGAAUGAAUGGAUUGAGGCCAUUAAUCUUGUGGCUGCCACCUUCUCUGCUCCACCCUUACCAGCACCUGUUGGUUCAUGCAAAAGAUUUCAGCGUCCUGCUCUUCCUUUCUCCUGCACUCAGCUCCCUCUUAUGAAGCAGUUGGAACACCAUGAGACAAAGAGCAAAGAGGCAGAAGGACAGUUGAUUGAAAGUUUACAAAGCAAGCCACAGAGUGGUACAGGCAGAGAGUUUGAGGAGUGGCAAGAAAAACAUGAAUUCUUGGAUUAUGAGUACAAAAGAUACAAGAUGUAUGUGAACAUUCUGCGGGGAUCAAAGCUGGAGAGUAAAUUACGAGAAAAGCCUCGUGGCUCUGGCAGGUCGGUUGAAUCUAUCAUGUUGCAGAUGAAGCGCUGUAGUUCCCUGGGGGAUUUAGAUUUGUCCAGUGGUUACAAGGGGAGAAAUGUACGAGAAAGUUAUUUUAUGGCAAUUUAUAAGAGUUGAGAUUCAAACCUUUUCACGGUCAAAAAGUUCUUGAUUCAAUUAGCUUUGCAAUGCAAGUUGAGGAGGUAGUGGUAACUAUAACUAUGAUAAUACAAAUUAUCCAGUUUCCACAAAAGUAUGACUUUUUGUGGUUGGUUAUCCUAAUAAUUGAUUGGUCACUGUGGGAAAAUUCUUGCAAUUAGUUAUUGUCUGUUUGAUUUUCCUGUGAAUCUAAGUUAGAAAACAGGAGAUUAACUGACUGGCUGUACAAUAACUUUGAAGGAGAAAAACUUUUUAAAAUUUUAUAGAAAACUGAUUUUCGCUGAGAAGAACCUUUCUGUCAUAAUUUCUUGACAAGAUUUUGUCAAAAUGGAAUUGACAGUUUUCAUGUUUCUCCCUUGAAAACAUUUUUAUAAUUUCAUCUUUAUUCUGUGUACGUAGGAUUUACUGGUUUUUCUGAGUACCAGUCAUUUACAUUAAAAGUUAACUGGGCAUUUAGACCAUAUUUAGCACAAUUGCUUAAGGCUCUGUGGUAACAAUAUGAUAAAACUAAAUUGUUUCAUUCAAAUUAGAUUUGAAGCUAAAAAACACAUUAAUGCACAGAGUUCUAAAACAUUGAAUGUCACAUUGUUAUAGAGUGGGUUUGUUAUAUAAUUAUGGUUUGCCAUGUCAUGAAAUUAGCCAUUUAGCUAAAUUUGCUAUUCUUUAAUUAAUGCCAUGUCAUUUAAGUUUAUUAUUGUAAGAACUGCAGCAGUUUCAAAAGUACAUGAAUUGCUCCCUUUGGAGAAUUGGUUCCAGUUAGAGGAAAAUUUAUAUCUUGUCAUCUGUAUUAGUAAAGUUCCUAAAUUAAUAUCAGAUUGGAUUUCAAAAGAUGUUAUUACCGGUAUAUGUAAAUGAUCAAGAAAUAUUGAUUGAAGUAGUAUAAAUUAGAAACAAUCAGAAAAGUUAAUGUUGCAAAAAAUUAUUACUAUAGAUGUGGCACAUGCAUAUAAGACAGAAAUAUUUGCACUCGUGUUCAAACAUUAUACUGCUAACAGUCCUGUUGUAAACGUUUUGUUAACAUGCAUACAUGUAAUGGUAAAUGUUGCAAAUUGUAAUUUAAAAAAAUUGUCUGUGAUGGGUCUGAAAUAAAAUCCAAAGAGAGAAAAAGGCAUAUUUACAACUUGUUUUUAAUGUUAACAGCAAAGGCUAACAAGCAACUAACCAAUCGCACCAAUAUUUUUUCUAAUUAACACUUUUUCUAGGAGAGAAAGAAAUAAUUUAUUAUCUUUGUUUGCUCAUUUCAUUGCAUAAAGCACAAACCUGAAACUGCCUCUCAUUAGUGCUGCAUACAUGUACAUGCAUAAAUUGCUAACUGCUAAUUAAAUUAACUUUGUAACACAGUUAACCCCCUAAGGUCUAAUAACUUACAAAUACAUAAAAUUAUAGCAAGCUGAAAUUUUAGAAAAACCUACAUUUCUUUAAUGUUACUGUGUAAUGUUUGGAGGCCAAGGAAAGUUAUAUCCUUUUGGAAUGUUUUACAAAAAAGUGUGUUGUUAGAUGUUCCUUUACAAAAGAAGGGAAUCAGAAUGUUUUUGCCAUAACAUUCUUCAAAUUGCUCUCCACCACUUAAUUGUAACAGAAAUAAAGUCAUGGCAUCAUCUUGUUACUGGUAAAGACAUUUGUCUGCAUGUGUAUUUCUUCCCCUUAAGUAAAGUAUUGUAGAAUGAAUAACAUUUCCUGGGAAGCAAACCCCAAGGGUUCACAUUUUGAAUAGCGAUUCCUGCAGAACUUUGUGAAAAAAGCUCUAGAACUAUGUGGAAUGGGUUAUAGACCUAAUGAUACUUUUAAAACAGGACAACAACCCAAAAAGAGUAUUGUUCCCCGGUGUCACUGGCUCAUCUGCAGCUGUAUCUUAAUAUAGUUCUAAUAACACACCUUCAGUGUAAAUUAACUAUUAAGUACAGUAAGUAACUGCAAUCAGCAAGGCCCUAGAGUUAAUUUAUUUUAAGCGAUGUGUGGAUGAUUUUAAGGUUGUUUAGAAUAAUUCUUAUUAUGUGCAUGCUUACUAAUUCUAUAACCUCUGUCUUUCCUGGCUCACUUCUGUACUCCUCUUAAUCCUAGCUCUGUCAACAUGUCUGGUAACAAUAGCAUUGAAGAUGAUGAUUUGCAAUUCCUGGACAAGGAAAUUUAAUUUUACUUGCUGCCCUAAAAUAGCUUUAACAGACACAACAGACGUUGACAAACUCUCCAUUGUAAUUCAUAAAUUGAAAAUCCUUAAGAAGGAGAAUAAACUAUUGGAUCUUUUUUUUCAAUUAGGGAGAGAAAGUAGUCUUUGACGAUGACAGGCAUGCAAUUAGUUAUCUCCUGUUAGCCAAUUAAUAGUAAUCCCAAAUAAAUUUAGGUGAGUGCAUGGGGACUUGUUUUUGGUUGUCAGAGUCAUUUUUUAUUCACUACAAGUCCAGUCUCGUUUUAUCUAUGUGGCACCAAAGUGGCGAAAGUGGGAAAGAAGUUUCUUGUUUUGCUUAAUAGCAACUUUUUGUCAGAUUACUUUUAAUUUGUCCGGCCUGGUAAACCUUUAAUUUUUCAAAGUUAGGAUUAACCUCGUACAUGGGGAAAUUUUUCAAAAUUAAGUUCAGUGGCAGACUGUUGUUUAUAGGCAUGUCCAGUGGAGAUUAAAUUUAGAGAGUCAAAAGAAAGGUGCAAUCCUCUUGAAGACAUCUUAAAUGGUAGCAGAUAUCUUAAUUUGAAUAAUUAUGUUGUAAACCACUCCUUUACCCUACAGAACAGGCAACUAUCUUUUUUGCGCCUUACCUGGUGAGCACAGGCGAGUGCAAGGCAAGCAAGAAAAGAGAGCCAAUGGGAGAGGAGCUUGAAGAAAACUUACAGGGCUUCCUUCUUUUCUUACUUCCUCUCUGGCAUGCGACUCACUCUCAUAAUUCUUGCUUGCCUUGUGCUUGUGUCCAUGGACUGACAAAGGUAACAAAUCACAUAUUCUACAGGCUACGGUGCCUCAGAAUUUAUUUAUUUUUCCACUAUAAUUUAGUAAUUAUAUGAAUUGAUACCAAGUGUGCAUGUGUCAAAUUUAUUUACUAAAACCUCUUAGAUUUUUUCCUAACUCUGUGAGCUCUGAAUAAAUGUAGGUCAAGGACCUUGACAAUUUUUGCAGACAAUUUCUCUUUUUCACAUUACUAUUUAUUGAAAGUUUUAAUAAAAAAAUAAGUUCAUUGUAGACUUUGAAACAAGUUUAGUAGUUUAAACAGUGGAUUUAUUAGUUGAAGCAUUGAAGUGCAAAUAACAAUUUGAAAACUAUUAAAAGUAUUGAUAAAAUCAG